GAUUCUUGUGGAAUAAAGAAACUAGUCGAGGACAACAAGAGAAAAGAGAGCAAAGAAGUGUGAUCAAUAAAGGGGAAACAGACGACGACGAGUGAAGGAGAACAAGAAAAAAGAGCAAGGAAAAAAAAACCUCAGCGUCGCACAUAUUGGUGCGCUUCAGCGUGGCUUUGGCUUGAGGCGCGGGAGAUGAUAGGGGGUGGUCGAGUGAAACUCAAGGGAUGGCAACAAGCUGCUGUUGCAGUUGGAUCAGCUGUUGGAGCGUUGUUGGAUCCGCGAAGAGCUGAUUUGAUAGCUGCUCUUGGGGAGACCACUGGAAAGCCCGCAUUUCAAAGGGUUCUUGAGAGAAUGAAGACAAGUCCAGAAGGGAGGGCUGUACUACUGGAGCGCCCUCGUGUCAUCUCUGCUAAUGUAGGGCAUGCAUGGGACCUUCUGCCAAACACAUUUGGUGUGGCAUAUGUUAAGUUUAUGGGAUCCAGGAACUUCUCUCCUGAUGACAGGCCACCUGUCAGGUUCAUGGAAACAGAAGAAAUAGCCUAUGUUGCAACACGCGCUCGUGAAGUGCACGACUUCUGGCACACCCUGUUUGACCUACCUACCAAUUUGAUUGGCGAAUCAGCAUUGAAGGUCAUAGAAUUUGAGCAGAUGCUUCUCCCCAUGUGCGCCCUAUCGGUUGCAAGGGGGACUGCCCAAUUCAGCCAAAGUCAGAGGAAUUUGUUCUACCAGCAUUACUUCCCUUGGGCUCUCCGUGCAGGCGUGAGAUGCACUGAUCUGAUGUGUGUGUAUUAUGAGCGCCAUUUUGAUGAGGACUUGGAAGAUGUUCGUCGGAGAUGGGGAAUUGUUCCUGCUCCUCCUCCCCCGCUACGUGCAGCUUGAAAUCAACACAUAGUUCUUUCCCCUUAAGAAUAAAGCAGAGAGCUUUUCUUUCCUUACAAUGUGAUAGUAGCCUUUCUGAUCUUGUAUCAUAAUUUUACUGGCUUAUUUUUGUAACAGGAUCUGUUUUUUUAGGAGCUUUUCUUUUUCCAAACAGCAAAGAGUAAUAAUACCCUGUUCCAGUAUGAAAAAUCCCAUAAAAUCACAAUAAUACAAUCUAGAAUA